UGACUUGAAUCUGAGUUAUAGUACUAUUCACAGAUCUCGUGUGAAUGUACGAAGAAAAAUAGCUAGACAGUUGAAGGAGAAUCUUGACGUGGCAGAUAAUCUUACCCUGCACUGCAAUGGGAAACUGCUUCCUGAAUCGGGUAAAUUGAAGAAAGUGGAAAGAGUACCAGUAAUUGUGUCAGGACUUGAUAUUGAGCAAUUACUGGGCGUGCCGAAAUUUGAUAAAAGAUCAGCUGUAAAUGAAGCUCAAGGUAUUGCAGAGACUAUACAUGAGUGGAAUCUCGGAGAUCGAAUCAAAGCAAUGUGCUUUGACACUACACCUUUAAACACAGGUCACAAAGGUGGAGUCUGCGCCGUGUUGGAAAAAAAAUUAGGUAAACAAUUGCUGCAUUUCGCCUGUCGCUACCAUGUUUACGAAUUGAUAUUGAGAGCAGUCGUUGAAAUUUAUUGGCCUGAAAUAAACGGUCCAGACAUGCCAACUUUGAAGCGUUUUCAACGAAAGUGGCAGGAAAUUGAUCAAACCGAUUAUGACGUUGGAUUAAAAGAUAAAUUAAUAUGCCAAGUUCUCAAAAACGUAAUCCUUAACUUUGUACUACACCGAUUGAAGGUCGCAUUCCAUCUGAAGGGAUUACGUUUGAAGUACCAGGAGUAGUAAAUCAUGCUAGAUGGAUCGCAAAAGCCAUUUAUUCCUCAAAGAUUUUUCUCUUCAAGAAACAAUUUGAUCUUCAUAAAGAAGAAAUUGACGAUCUACGACAGAUAUGCAUUUUUAUUAUUCGCUUCUAUGUGAAACCGUGGUUUGAUGCGCCAAAUGCUAUCAAAGCACCCAAUCAAGAUUUGACAUUUCUCCAAAAUUUGAUGAAGUAUGGAAAAAUCAAUACUGAGAUCUCAUCUCGCUGCUUAGCUUCUUCGAAACUACGUGCGCACUUGUGGUAUAUAUCGGAAUACCUUGGUCCUUUGGCAUUUUUUGAUAAAAAGGUGUCGAAUGAAAUUAAAUAAAAAAUGGUUCGUGCCAUCAAAGAACGAGAGGGUGCACGGAUCGUCCAAACACGAGCUGUAGUCAA